AUGACUGAGAAUGAAAAGAAAACCCUUCAUCGUUUGGCUAUGACAUUCUUUAUCAGUAAAGAUGUUCUGUACAAGUGGGGUUAUGAUGGUACCUUACUUUGCUGUGUGAGUUCAGAAGAAGCAAAGAAAAUCAUGGUUGAGACAAAUAUUUUAUGCCGAUAUGGGAUUCCUGAAAGGAUCAUUACUGAUAAUAGUCCCAAUCUCAAUAGAACGGAAGUCAGAAACUUUUGCGAGAAGUUCCAAAUCAAGCAUCAUAAUUCAGCCCCAUAUAGACCUCAAAUGAAUGGAGCAGUUGAAGCAGCCAAUAAAAAUAUUAAGAAGAUCAUUGGAAAAAUGACAGUAACUUAUAAGGAUUGGCACAAGAUGCUUCCCUAUGCUUUACAUGGUUAUCAUACUACUGCACGCACAUCCAUAAGGGUAACCCCAUACUUCCUUAUUUAUGGAAUGGAAGCUGUUACACCCAUUAAGAUGGAAAUACCAUCCUUAAGAGUAUUGGCAGAGGUAGAUUUAGAAGAAAAUGAAUGGGUAGGAACCCGAUUUGAGCAACUUAACAUGAUUGAAGAGAAAAAGGUCACUGCAAUGUUUCAUGGACAAUUGUACCAAGGGAGAAUGGCAAGAGCUUUUGAUAAAAAAAUUCGCCCACGGGAAUUCAGUGUUGGUGAUCUUGUACUCAAGAAAAUAUUGCCUAACCAAGAAGAUAAUAGAGGCAAAUGGGCUCUAACUUAUGAGGGACCUUAUGUUGUCAAACAUGCCUUUUCUAGAGGAGCACUGAUCCUAGUUGACAUGGACGAUAAAGAGUUAGCAAAGCCCAUUAAUGUGGAUGCUGUCAAGCAUUACUUUACUUAA